CGGAGAAAUCGGAGGACUAUCCGGCCCAAGAUGAACACCAUUGUGUUUAACAAGCUGAGCAGCCAGGUCCUGUUCGAGGAGAAGGCCAAUGAGGUGGAAAUGAGCAGCAGAAAUUACCUAGAAGUCAUCGACGGCCAGCAUCCGGACCUCCUCUCCAGCAACCAGACCAUCAGAGACAACCAGGCCAUCAGGCACAGACGGAGCGGGGGUCGUCCCAGCGGCGGCAAAGUGCGACACAAGCGCCAGGCCCUGCAGGACAUGGCGCGGCCACUCAAGCAGUGGCUCUACAAGCACCGAGACAACCCCUACCCCACCAAGACGGAGAAAAUCCUGCUGGCCCUCGGCUCACAAAUGACCCUGGUCCAGGUCUCCAACUGGUUUGCUAAUGCCAGGAGGCGACUGAAGAACACGGUGAGGCAGCCAGACCUGAGCUGGGCACUCAGGAUCAAACUCUACAACAAAUAUGUUCAGGGCAACGCAGAGAGGCUCAGCGUCAGCAGCGACGACAGCUGUUCAGAAGACGGCGACAACCCUCAGAGGACACAGAGUGGCCCCGAGGAGCUUACCAAGCCCAUGUACCAGAGUGUCAUCAAGAAGGAAGGCUCCUCCAUGGUGGGCAUGGCCAUGGGUAUGGGUAUGGGUGCAGGACUGCGCUCGGCCGCCGAAGCCGCCUCACUGGCUGAGGACUACGUGUCUCCGCCCAAGUACAAGAGCAGCCUGCUGCACCGCUACCUGAACGACUCGCUGCGCCACGUCAUGGUGGCCAACGCCGUUAUGGACGCUCGCAAGAGGAACCACUCUGGCUCCUUCAGCUCCAACGAGUACGACGACGAGCUGCUCUCGCCGUCCUCUUCUGAGGCCGAGGCGAACUUUGUUUAUCGGGCUGAAACCACAGACCAUGGAUCAAGUAAAUGUGACAAUGGAAGCAGUGGCGUCGGAGCUGUGCAGAAGGAGAAGGUGAAGGGCAAAGACGAGACGUACUGGAAGGAGAUCAACGCUGCCAUGGCCUUGACCAACUUGGCGCAGGGGAAGGACAGCGCCUCCGGGACCACCAGCUGCAUCAUCCAGAAAUCCUCCCAUAUAGCAGAGAUCAAGACUGUUAAAGUGCCACUGGUGCAGAAAUAUUAGCCCUGACGUCAUCCUCCCGUCUCUCUAUGCAAACCACCAAACAUUCCUGUUUCAGCAAACUCGCCAGAGUCCAAAUAAACUGCCCCUGACAUGAAAAGAGAACUGUUGUUUAAGGAAGGGGGGGCUUUUGAGGCGAGGAAGCGUGGAACAAAAAGAGAACUCUCAUUCUUUUUGGUUGUUAUUGGUGUCUAAAAAAAGUGCAAAAGAGGCCUUGACCAUCCUUUUGUGUGCUGGGUUAAUGUGUGGCAGACAAGUGUUGGUGACAGUUUCACUGCAGUAUUUCCUAAAACAAACAGACACUUUUGUAAUGUUAACUUAUUUUUGGAUGAGUCAGAUUUUUUUAUUUCUUCUUUUUUACGCUACAAAAUGUGUAUGUUGCCAAAGUGCCUUUGUUAUCUAGACAAAUAUCUCGUUGACUGCGGUCAAUGCAAAGUACAGAUACUGAGGUGCCUCUUUGGAAUUUUUGAAGGAUUAUUUUGCAAAGUUUAGAGUCAAAGUCAUGAUUCAUGAUUUGUUUUGUGAAUGGAAAUGCACCAUAACAGCCUGUGCCCUAAGAACUGAAUGGGCUCACCACCUGAGGCACUGAUGAACUCAAAUAGCACUCACACACACACACACACACACAUAGAUGCACACUCUCUCAGAAAAUGCCCCGCAUUCAUUCUCUGUUCUUGUUUUGACUGGAGUGUUCAUUAUGACUGUAAGCUGAACACUGUUUUGUCUCAGUCAGUCUCUUGUUUCUGGCAAGCCAACAAUAACUGUUGGAUACGUAGAUAAGUUGCUCUAACGUGAGCAGCAGAUCGAUAAGCAGCCAACAUUCUCCACCUUGUCCACAUCUCGGCCUUGGAUUUCAUUAAUCAGUGAAGGAUUCGUUCCGUAUCGUGGCUUUUAGUUGCUGAAACGUGCACAAAUGCCCAGCUGGACCCAAAUGAAGUCGCACUCACCCACGCAGUGACAUAGUUAUAACAGAUCCACAGGCAUGCUUUAAGGGUUCAGUGCAGUAUUUGUUCUUAUGGAAGAAUGCCAUGACCUAAAAGGGAUGUUUUUGCUUUGCAGUAUCAGUGUUUUUGUGGACAGUGUUGCCUUUUCACUUUUUUGUGCUCCGAACACGAUAGUCCGGACUCGAUUUAAAAAAAAAAAAAAAAAAA